CUGUCUCAAUCAGUACUUUUAAAUUUUCAGUUAGUUUGAAAUUCAAUUAAUUCCUCUCUAUCUUCCAUUUUGCUUUUCUUCUUCUUUUUCUCUUCAAAUAUUAUGCUCUCAGUUGCCAUUCUUCUCAUUCAUUUGCACAUUCACUGAGGUUUGUGCUGAAAAAUGGCAAGACGAAGAGUUAAAAAGACGGUAAAAGAAGCUGCAUCCUCACCACCUGAGUCUACUGUUAAUGGCAAUCGCCCCCAAAUUCAAAACAAAGAAACACAAGUGCCAUUGAUAGACCAGGAAGUUGAGCGCCAAAGUGCUGCAAUUAGGGCUAUGCGUGAUGUGGAAAUUGAACAUUCUCUAACUGGGUUGCGUUUGCUCCGCUCAUAUUUUAACGAGGAACAACUGCAAACCCCUGUUCUCCAAUUCUUCAAAGAAAACCUUCCGAAUUUAUCCAUCAUAAAAAAUGGCGAGAACUUCGAAGUGCAGUGGAAUGAAAAAGAUGAUAAUUUAUCUAUGAGCCAAGCUCCUGGCGGAAGAGACUUUCAUGCUUCUCUUUUACAUCGUUUGUCCAUAGCUUAUUCUGACUGCUCUGUCAUCCCAUCUCUUCAUGGCUUUGAAUUAUCAAGUGAUGCAGUAAGAACCAGCCUGUUGGGUGUUGACAAUCUGCAUAUAAGGGACUUCGGUUUGGAGGGGCCAUGUGAUUCUCAGAUGUUUGGGGACGGUCUGCGAACUCCUGGGGUGAGCAGCCAGAGGUUGUCUAUGGGAAUGACACCUAAGACUCUAAGGCUGCCAAAACCUGGUGAGAUGCUUCUCUCUGUCCGUGGUUCACCACUUGGUGUCUACAAGGAAGAUAACAUGGAAGCCAUACAUGAAUCAGAAGAGGGUUGAUUGGCUUCAUGCCAUUCAAUUAAGAGAGAAAAAAUAUGAAGACUUGCCAGUAGAAGCUUGGUCUGAAUGUAUUUCCAUUACCUGGCUAUUAUGUAAGAAGUUGUACUUCUUCCAACGUGCAGUUGUCUUCCUGUGUAACCAUAAUCCUUGAUCUUGCAAUUCAAGGAUCUCAAAUCAACUCAUUAGAUGCUUUAUUAUUUACUGAGAGUUGGAUAUUUCAACAACUGUAAUAGAACGGCAUAUCUUCAAUUUGUAGUUAAUCUUGCUCUUGCAAAUAAGUGUCUAUUUAAACUUCCCUCUGUUUACUUUA